AUGAAUUGCAAACGGCCAAUGCUUCUCUUAAAAAGCAGAGGAAGGUUAGAAGCCAGAACGGCUAUAGAUUUUUGCGAAAAUCAAAAGUUCACUGCCUUGGGCGUACAUGUUAAUCGAAAUAGUAGGAAGAUAACAUGGGAGAAGGUUUUUGUAGUACCUGACUUUCAUGAAUCCCAAGCCAUAGCCAUGACUGCUCCGUCGUUGAUGGUCGCCAACAACAAAAGCGCUCAGUUUGGACUUAUCGUGGAAUCGAUAUACUGUGUACAAAACAAAACCAUACAUUCCAUUGCUAGGACGCCUGGAAUCAGACUUCGGUGGUAA